CUGAUUUUCUUCUUUACUUUUUAAGCAUGUCUGAUUCUAAGAGCGUUGAUGAAAGAGACCUCCAAAAUGAGGAAGAGGAGUAUGAUGACUAUGAAGAUUAUGAAGAUUAUCUCGACGAUGAAUUAAAUGAUACUGAUAUGUGGGACAAUGCCACUGGAGAUUUUACAAAGCAAUACAAUAAACUUCGUCAACAGAUUGCACCUUCACCUGCUACAGAUAAACCAGCUCCUGCUGUCAAUAAAAAGAUUCAGUCGACACCUCAACGUACAGCAGCUAUAGCCACAGCCACAGCUACAGCCAGUGAUAAAAAACAAAUGUUAGAAAGUCAAAUUGACAGUCUAGGACACUUUGCUAGUCGUAUUCAUAUUGGUGAAGACUACAACCCAUCUAAAAUCACUUCUUCUGUCGCAAGUGACAUUAAAUUGAGUUCCAAGAAAGCCAGUGGAGACAAGACUGUUCAAAAAGAUAAAGCAGACAGAGCCACUGUAGAACAAGUACUUGAUCCAAGAACUCGUAUUAUUCUUUUCAAAAUGUUGAACAGAGGCAUUUUUUAUGAGAUCAAUGGUUGUAUUAGUACAGGUAAAGAAGCCAAUGUCUAUCAUGCCAUGACAGAAGACGGUCAACACCGAGCUAUCAAGGUUUACAAGACAUCUAUUUUGACUUUUAAGGACCGUGAUCGUUAUGUUACGGGUGAAUUCCGUUUUAGACAUGGUUAUUCUAAAUCUAACCCUCGAAAGAUGGUCAAGGUGUGGGCUGAAAAGGAAAUGAGAAACUUGCGCCGUUUACAACAAGCGGGUAUUCCUUCUCCUAACGCACUUGUGUUAAGAAUGCAUGUGUUGGUGAUGGACUUCUUGGGUGAUAAAAAUGGCUGGGCUUAUCCUCGUUUAAAAGAUGCUCAAAUUGAAGACUCAAGGUAUCCAACACUCUAUUAUCAGCUGGUCAAGAAUGUGCGUACCAUGUAUCAAGUGUGUAAAUUGGUCCAUGCAGAUCUCAGUGAAUACAAUAUUCUAUAUCAUUCUCGCAAAUUGUAUAUUAUUGAUGUCUCUCAGUCUGUUGAACAUGAUCACCCACAUGCCUCUGAAUUCUUAAGAAAAGAUUUGAUGAAUGUGACAGAUUUCUUUGCCAAAAAGGGUGUCAGUGUGAUGAGUGUGGUCGAGUUAUUCAAGUUUGUGACAGAUGUUACCUUCAGUAAUGAAGAAGAAGUGGUUGAUGCUCGCUUAGAAAAGAUCCAACAAGACAUGAUUACCAAUCCUAAUUUUGAAGUCAACAAAGCUGAAGAUGAGAUUUUCAUGAAGUCUUAUAUUCCAACUACUUUGGAAGAAGUCAUUGAUGUUGAAAGAGACACUUUGAUUGUUGAGCAAGGUAAAGGUAAAAACCUUGUUUAUGCUGAUUUGUUGGGCACUGGUGUCACAGAAUCUGUUCAACAAUUAAACAUUCAAGACAAACAAGAGUCAGACCAAGAAAGUGAAGAAGAACAUGAUUCUGAUGAAGAUAUCAGCGAAGAAGAUUCAGAUAGUGAAGACGAUGACAAAAAGAAGCCAAGAGCACCUAAAGGGAAAAAGAACGAAGACAAGGAUGAUAAAAGAGAAAGAAAGCAAAAAGCCAAAGAGGAAGCAAGAGAGCGUAGAAAACAUAAGCUUCCCAAGGCCGAAAAGAAAAGAAAGAUCAAGACAAGCAGUAAAAAGAAGAAAUAAUUGUAAAUAAUAAUAAGAAUAAAAAAGUUUUUAUUGAGCCAC